GAGAAGCUCUCCUCCUGAUCGGUGCCAGACGCACGGUCGACUUUUUGUUUUUGCGCGAGUUUUACAACUUUUUGUUAAGUUGUGUUAAUUAAUUAUAGCUAAUCCUUUAUUACAUUGGUGUCAAGUGUAACUUUUUUAAAGUUUGGUUCGACUUUUCACACCUAUUUGGAAUAUAUUUUGGGAUUAAAGGUGGAUACUUCACGACGCGCAGAAGUCAUCUUGGAAAACUUCGCCCAGGAUUGUUACUUUUCAAAGCAGGAGCGCGCAGCAGCUCGGAGCGCUUCAAGAAAAAAACUUGUCAGUGCGACUUCGUUUUGACUCGAGUCGUCCCAGAAAUGGUGGGGCACCUCCAUUUACAAGCGAUGGAUGAUAGCCUGAAAGGAAAGAACCGGGAAGGGCUGCUCGAUAGUCCGGAUUCGGGGUUGCCCCCCAGUCCCAGUCCGCCUUUCUGCUCACUCUCUCCGGGUCUGAUCGAGUCACGCUCCGGCAGCUGCACGACGCCCGUGGAAAGCCAUCAUGGAUAUUAUAAAAAGGAAAGCAGAGAAGGCAAACUGCUGCCCUACCUGCUGCUGAACUCCACGGGCACGGACCCAAAAACUCGCAUGCACCCUGUGUUCUUCGGAGAAAGCAUCGAGGUCAACCCUAAACCAGAGCAGGAAAUCAAGUGCAACUCCGAGGUCAAGUACGAUUCCGACAAGCACUACCGGGACCGGGUGUUCUGCGCCCCCGUUCCCACGGCCACCUCCUUCAGCGAGACAGUGGUGGCGGUGCGGAACUGCACUUGGAGGAGCUACAAGUCCCAGGUGUACCUGGAGCCACGGCAGAAACCCAUCAGCUACCAGAGCACCACCAUCAUCUACCCGAAACACGCCAAGAACACUUACCGCACCACGCUCAACUACAACGCCACAGGCUCCCGCCGCUGGUUUGUGUCCACGGUGCAGCUGGAGUCAAGUGAGGAUACUAGUCCCUGCAUCAUCUACACCGAGGACCUGUAGGGAGUGGGCUACCUGGUGAUCAUCUUGUUUGUUUUGGAGGACGAGGAACUUGGGAAGGGAAAUACUUCAACCCGGAGCCCCUAAAAAAACCUCUUCGUUUUUACUUGCCAUGGAGGAAACUCUGGGAACCCUUUAGUGACAUUUCCCCUGAGUGUAUUUAGACUUUCUACUGAUGCAGUCUUUAAAAAAAAGGGAGUCUGUCCUCUGGCAGUUUAAAGCUGCACGUCAAUAGUUAAUGUCUUAUUUAAUACAAAAGCUGACAAAUUGGUGGCCUUUGCUCUCUUUCAGGUUUGAUUGUAACCUCAGUGACAGUAACAGACUGUAGACGUCUGUGUAUGUAGAGAAAAGUCAAGAUGACUUGUGGUGGAUUUCAGCCGAGCAUGCGCAAACCCAGUCACACCAAUGCAAAGCUUUCUAAUACAGCUUUAUUGCACUUGUUUUCUAUAUGUCACAGUCCUCCCAGCGGACUUAGCAUUGCAGGUGUGUGUGUGUGUGUGGGGGGGGGGUAUCAGUACUGCAUAUGAAAAAUUGGACCAAAGAUAGUUUGAACAGUUGAUCUCAUGUGUAAUACUACACAUUCUGAGACAGAACACUCACUUUUGUUUUACAGUUUCAUUAAACUGCACAUUGGAAGUCCUAUUUAUUCACCAGACCACAAUAACAACUGAUUGCUUUGAGAAUGUUUGAAAAGGGGAGAUAUUUUAUGUUCUCUGUUGCAUUAAAUAUUUAGCCACGCUGGAUCACUGCAGUUAAAGAUUAACCACCUGUUAAAUCUACUGUCUGCUAACUUAAUUUGAAUACUUUGGUGAAGAUAAUGUAUUUUUUGGCUGCAGAGCAACACUCAAUUAAGUUCUUGGGGGGAAUAAAAACAUCCUUAGUUAUUAUUUAUUAAGAGUUGAACACUUAAAAGCUCCACUUCAUGAGGACCACACACCAUCUAUAGUUUCGAAAAGAUUGAGAACAUACUGUAUGUUUCCAGGGCUUUUAAGAAUGGUGGCAUUGUAGGUUUGCUUUUUUCUCAAUCAAUGUAACUGUUAGUUUGGAACCUGCAUUGGUGUCAGAUGGUAGAGCUUGUAACAAGUGCCAAAAAAAUUAGACAAUCAGUUGGAAGUGCUUGACACUUUGAAGCACUUCUCUGUCACAACUCUUGGUACAAAGUGUUCCGAUGCUGUGGAAAUUACUCGUCUACAUCUCUGUGAGAGUCAAGCACAAAAACAUGAACUAUUUCUAACUGCAGUUAUGUGAAUGGUUUAGUGGUACAAGGAAUUGAUUUUUCAACUGUCCUAAAAAUACUGUCGUGGUGGCACCAGCUAUUCGUGAAUCCAUCACUAAAGUUGUGCAUGAGGUAAAACAAGUCGUUUGUUUCAAACUAGUGAUGUGCUAAAUCACGUUACACGAUUAAGGUAGAGGUACUAUAUGUAAUGUUCAGGAAAUCCUUAGCAUAGCAUCUACGCCCCCCACGGUGUUGUGGUCAAUUGUCAACGUUAACAGACUCAAUUUCUAAACUAACAUUAGCUAAUGUUGCACUGUGUGUGUACCAGUUUUUCCAACUUUUUUUCCAAUGAAUGUAGCUAAGUUACGUUCAAUACAAUCCGUUGAUACAUUAACACAUGUUAAUACACAUAAAAAGCUUCACGUAGUACCUAUAAGGAAUGUCUUAGCUAGUAAAGACUUGUUGGGAAGCAUCUUCAGCUCUGUCUUAAAAGAAAUAGCAGUGUGAACAUAUAAUAACGCCACAAAAUACAAGUUUUAGGGUGCAAAAGAUUAAUUCAACUUAACUAAUAAUAAUUUUGUAAAUGUAGGCAUUACUUUGUAUUGUUUAUCAGUGCAUACAUGGAGAAAUCUGCUUUUCAGUGUUACUAUUUAGCAUUAUUCAAUUAUGACUAACUUUAUGCAACCAUUAAGUCAAACAUUAUGCAGUACGUUAAGUUAUUUUUAAUCAUGUAAUUUAAGUGAAAUUAGAUUUAAAUUCUUUCCAUUGUUUCGGUGAAAUGUUUAAACCAUAUAACAUAUCAUCUACAAUGCAUCAUAUAUAUUAGCAAGCUAACGUUAGCUUUGCCAGUUGGUUCCGUUAGCUAACAAGUAGAUAAUAGCUAUACCUGGGUGUACAUAUUUAAUAUCAGUCAGUCUCUAAAUAAAAACUACCUUGUGUGAUGCAACCUCUUUUAGUUUAUCUUUUAGUUCUAGUUUUUUGCAAAUGUAGUUUAACAUUUACAUAAUAACAAAGCUUGAACUUACGAAUAGCUGGUGCAACUGCAGUGUUUCAUGCUGUUUCAGAUAUCAACAAGUGUCAUACUAAAACCACAUCAGAUUUUCCUGUUGAAGAUGUAAAAUAGAUGUUUUUUAUUGAGCGUUUUCAUGACUUCUUUUGUGUCAUAUAUAUAUAUAUAUAUAUAUAUAUAUAUAUAUAUAUAGAUUGUUGAACAUGGCAAAUAUUAGAACUUCAGACUUUACCUCAAAUUUUCAUAGGUAUCAGAUUUACUUCAUUUCAAAUUUGUUUUCCUGACUUCAGUUGAGGUUUUGAACUUGGGUCUUGUUAUAGUUUGAAAUGCCCUCCAGGAAAGUGCAAGGGUAGGAGCUGAGGUGGUGCUCAGAACUGUAAGAUGGGUAUUGGCUGGGCUUUCACGAGGGGAACAGUAAGUAGCAAUACAGAGAGCAAGACAAGAGGAGAAAAGUCGGAUCUGCUCUUUCAAAAGAAACUUUAUAGGUGAGACGAGGAUAUUGUUUUAAAGAUGGGAUUUUUUUUAAAUAGUAAACAGUAAAGUUCCUGAAAGAUGAGGUAGAGUUAUGCUAUGUGAUGAUGGUCUGUGAAGAGAUUGAUGAGAGAAAGUUGGUGGGUGUCAGGUUUAAUACGUUGGUUUCAUGUGAGAUACUUUUGUGUUUUCCUAACACUUGAUUUUGUUACUGUAAAAUAUUUCCUGUUGUAUAUGUGGCAUCGAGGCACUUCAUAAUUCUCUUUAUAUUUUUGUACGUCAAUCAUCGUUCUUGUUCUGAUCAAAGAAAAUAAUUUAAAAAGAUGUAUAUCCUAAAUGAAUAAAAAAGCAAU